AUGACCUCCAAGGAAACUACAGUACCAAAAGGAAGAAAGAAGCAGAAUAGAAAGUCGGAAAGAGUUGAAGAAGCAGAACUUGAAGAACUUGAAGUGGAAAAAAUAGUAGGCCAACGUGUAGUAGCUGGCCAGGUGGAAUAUCUUGUAAAAUGGAAGGGAUAUUCAGAUGCUGAUAAUACCUGGGAAUGGGAAGAAUCUUUAAAUUGUUCAGAGUUAAUGGAGGUUUUUCUAAAUUCUCAAAAACCUGGUUUAUCUGACAGUGAAUUCAAUAAUAGCACAUCAGAAAAUAAAAGAGAUGCUGGUGACAGCCCAACCGGCUUUGCUAGGGGUCUUGAGCCUGAACAAAUAAUUGCUGUCACAGAAAAUAGAGAAGGAUUGAUGUUCCUCAUGAAGUGGAAAGAGUUAGAUAAAGCUGAGUUGGUGCCAGCAAAAGAGGCAAAUGUGAUGUGUCCUCAGAUUGUAAUUGCUUUUUAUGAGGGGAGAAUCAUUUGGGAUUCAGAAGAUGAAGAUCAGUAA